AUGUAUCUAAGAGGACGUACACGAUCUCAUGGUCGUAUUGGUCGACCAACAUUAUCUCGUGAUCAAGAACUCAUUUCUAAACAAGAUGAAAAUGGACAAGAAAUUGCUGUUGUUGCCAAUAAUGUCAAAAUUUUAGCUGCACCAAAAUGUAUUGAAUUAAAGAAAAUUCGUCGAGAAAUAUUGGCUAAAACUGGAGUUAAAGAUGUAGCUUUUGAUGAAACAAUUCUUUAUUCGUUUGAAGGUUUUGGAACAGAAAAACUUACGUCCGCUAAAUAUCCGAUGACUGAUGAAUUAGUAGCAAUUAAAAUGAAACGUACAGCAACAGCUUCACGAGAAUCACCUGAAUUCUUUGAUUUGAGAUAUGAAAUAACGAUUAAAGAUGAACAAAAACCAUUAAUUGUUGUUAAAGGUAGUCGACGAGCUGCUAAACGUACUCGGAAAAAAGAAAAUCAAUCAAUGAUCCUUUUAAUUCCAGAAUUAUGUUGUAUUACAGAAAUUUCGGAUUCUAUGAGACAAGAUUUUUCAUUAAUGAAAGAAUUGAGUGUUUAUACAUAUGUUAGUCCUAAUGAACGAAAUCAACAAUUAACUGGAUUUCUUAAUGAUAUUCAAGGACGUGAAGAAGGUAUGCGUGUUGAUUUUUCUCAAAUGAUUGAAUUACCAAAUGAUCAUUCUGAAGCAUUUAUUCAAACUAUUGAGAAUAGUACAAGUCCACAAAUGGAUUUAGUUUGUUGUAUUUUAACUAAUAAUCGAAAAGAUCGUUAUGAUGCAAUUUAA